GCGGCGGCGGCGGCGAACGGGAAACCCAGCGGCUACUGCCUUGAGCCCGAGCAGUCGAGAUCGAGGCGUCCAGGCGUCGAUUACUGGGCCAGCCGGCCGUGUUUGUAGGAUCACACAAACAAACAGGCCCAAAGCAUCUAACCAAACCCAUCAACGUCAAGCAAACGUUUGCGACUGCGAGCACGCGGCGGUGGCAGGCGACGACUUCCAAGUUUGACGCCUUCCAGCAAUGGUGUUGCCCGAAGCCCACCCGACUCCUCCCUCCCAGUUCCAAUUCUCCUCGAUCCCACCAGUAGAACCCUCCGCUUGUUUCUUGCUCCUGGUUCUUGGAUCGCGGAACCGCUCCGAACCUCUUAUUGGAAUUGCGGAACCGCUCCAAAGCUGCAAAAGUUUGAUCUUUGCCAACCGCUUCGGGUUCUAAGUGCUGCCGAGUGGUUCUAGGCUCGAAAGAAGGCUCCGCCUGUAGUAGCCGUUCUUGUGAUGGGUUCCGGGAUUUGGGAUUUUAUUAGCGCCUAAACGAGUCCCCAGGAGCGUCUGCGGCGAGCUGGUUGCGAAAGGAGUUGGGCGCUGUUACAGGAAUCUACAGCACCGGCCUCCCACAAUUGGUGGACAGGUACCCAUUACUAUGGUGCAAAGCGGGAGAGUGGCCUACAGUGAGAGGAGUUGAGGAUCAAGUGGGAACAAAGGCAUAAAGCUGGAAAGUUAUCUUCACCAAGGUUAAGGUGUUUCCUAUAAGAGAGCUCAGAAAGGAGCUUGUUGCUGAAGCUAAAGAUACAAGGGAGGAGCCAUGGUGAAGAAGAAGCUGAAGAAACUGUAUGGCAGGGAUGCUCGGGAGUUCUUUAACCAGGUCAUGGUGGAGCAACCCUUGCUGCCCUUCCUGAUCCCGCUCGGCCUCUUUGCGUGGUUUGUCGAACGGUGGGUUGUGCCAUUCUCAAACUGGGUUCCCCUCGCUGCUGCUGUUUGGGCAACCAUUCAGUAUGGGAGGUUUAAGAGGAGGACAACUGUAGAAGAUUUGAACAAAAGAUGGAAGCAUCUUAUACUGAAUACAGCACCCACCACACCAAUUGAGCCUUGCGAAUGGUUGAACAAACUUUUGUUAGAAGUUUGGCCUAAUUACAUGGAACCAAAACUAUCGAAGAGGUUUCAGUCUACCGUCGAGAGACGUUUAAAGAAUCGAAAACCAAAAUUAAUAGAUAAAAUAGAAUUACAGGAAUUCUCACUUGGCUCUUGUCCACCUACCCUGGGAGAUCAGGGCAUGCGUUGGAUUACUUCUGGUGACCAGCAAGUCAUGCGCUUGGGAUUUGAUUGGAAUAGCCACGAGAUGAGUGUAAUGUUUUUGGCGAAAUUAGCGAAGCCACUGAUGGGGGCUUGUCGAAUUGUUAUAAACAGCAUUCACAUCAAGGGAGAUCUUCUACUAUUACCCAUACUUGAUGGGGAAGCUAUACUCUAUUCUUUUGAAUCAACCCCAGAAGUCAGGAUUGGGGUAGCAUUUGGAAGUGGUGGAAGCCAAGCAAUUCCUGGUAUGGAGUUACCAGGUGUCUCGACAUGGCUGGUGAAGCUUUUGACGGAGACCAUAGGGAAAACAAUGGUUGAACCUCGCCGGCUAUGUUUUUCUUUGCCAUCAGUAGAUCUACGGAAACGAGCAGUUGGAGGUGUUCUCUCAGUUACUGUUGUAUCAGCUAGUAACCUCUGUAAGAGCACAGCUAAUGAUAUAGGGAACCGCCAAAGCUCAAAUGGAGGGGCCGCGUACGGAAUUGCUGAUAACAAGGUAUCACAGACAUUUGUUGAGGUAGAAGUUGGCAAUUUGAUGAGAAAAACAAGUACCAGUAAGGGUCUAAAUCCUACGUGGAACAGUACAUUUAACAUGGUACUGCAUGGAGACACAGGCAUUGUCAAGUUUCUUCUGUAUGAAUUGGAUUCUGAUGGUGUCAAAUUCAAUUACUUGACAAGCUGUGAGAUAAAGGUCAAGUAUGUUCUUGAUGGUUCAACAAUAUUUUGGGCUAUAGGGCAUAAGUCUGGUGUUGUUGCAAAGCAUACUGAGCAUUGCGGACAAGAAGUUGGAAUGGUUGUUCCGUUUGAGGAUAUCAAUGGCGAGUUAACUGUAAGCCUUGUGCUAAAAGAAUGGCAGUUCUCUGAUGGGUCGGUUACAUUGAGUAAUUCUCUGGGCAAUGGACUUCAAAGCUCAUUUGAUGGAUCGAUAAAGCUUCAGUCCACAACAGGAAGGAGACUUAGGGCCAGAGUUGUUGAGGGUAGGGCCCUUACAGCUAACAGUAAAUCUGGAAAAUGUGACCCUUAUGUGAAACUCCAGUACGGAAAGGCUCUAUACCGAACAAAAACACUGUCACAUACAGUUCGACCAGUUUGGAAUGAUAAGUUUGAGUUUGAUGAGAUCUCUGGUGGUGAAUAUCUGAAGAUCAAAUGCUAUAAUGCAGAUAUGUUUGGUGAUGAGAGCAUUGGUAGUGCAAGAGUUAAUUUGGAGGGACUUCUCGAUGGUGCUAGCCGUGAUGUUUGGGUACCACUUGAAAAAGUAGAUGCAGGAGAGAUCAGGCUUGAAAUAGAGCCAAUAAAGAAUGAUCACAACAAUAGCAUGCAGAGCUCAAGCAGUAAAGCUGGAGCUGGUUGGAUUGAGCUAGUCGUAAUUGAAGCCAGAGAUCUAGUUGCUGCCGAUCUGAGAGGCACUAGUGAUCCUUAUGUCCGGGUGCAAUAUGGGAACAAGAAGAAACGAACCAAGGUCAUUUACAAAACUCUCUCUCCACAGUGGAGCCAGACAUUCGAGUUCCCAGAAACUGGAGAACCCCUGGUUUUGCAUGUGAAGGACCACAACGCCGUCCUUCCAACCGCUAGUAUCGGCCAUUGCACCGUUGAAUACAGCAUGCUGUCUCCGAACCAAUCCGCUGAAAAAUGGAUACCACUCCAAGGGGUAAAAAGCGGAGAAAUCCAUGUAAAGAUCGCACGGAGAGUAUCAGUACCAGACUCCGAGAAGAAAAACAUACUCGGGACAGAUCCAUCUGGCAAGGGACACAAGAUAUCGACACAGAUGAGAGACAGCCUGAAGAAAUUCACAGGCUUGAUCGACGACGGAGGUGACCCGGAGGCCCUGGCGCUGGCGGUGACAGAGAUGGAAGGCAUCCAGGGCGAGCAGGAAGAGUACAUAGAAACCCUGGAGCGGGAGAAGGCGAUGCUGCUGCACAAGAUACAUGAGCUUGGUUCCGAAAUCAUUAGGACAUCAUCUGGUCCUCCAAGGACGCGGUACUAGUUAGAUCUGCAAAUGCAACCCCACUGAACAUAUAUUUAUUUUUUGGGAAGGUGAAGACCUGAUUUGUACGUACGUAGAACUCUAUACCUGUGUAUAUACCAGUGAGCAGUACAGCUUGUAACUAGGCCAGAUGUGUAGAAAAGCACAGUUGGAUGUUGUAGUGCUAAAAUUUGCUCAAGCAUCAAAGAGGUGGAGCUUACAUAAGUUGCUCGACUUUGUACACACUCUGAUAAUUGUACCCAGUUGAUUCCUGAAAUGAUGUUCCAAUACUUAGGCCUUGUUUA